UUACUCGAUGGGAUUACUGGCUAGUACCAGUCUAAAUGGCAAGUUACAAGCCGAGUGCAGAAUUAGCUGCAAGUAACAUGAAAUCGUUUCUCAUUGGUGGGUGGCCGUGGGUCUGGCUCUGCUGUCAAAGUGUAGCCGUAGUUACCAAGACGCUACAUUUAUCAACAAUGUGGCGUUUUCUUGAUAAUUGUGAGCCCCCGGCAAAAAAGAAUAAACAAACAUCCGACAAGAGGAAAGAAAAACAGAGGGAGUAUGAGACGAAUAAGAGGUCUUUAGUGUUCAAGAACUCUUGGAUAACGGAGUUCGAGUGGCUUCUGCAUGAUGGUAAAUGCAUGUAUUGCAGACCAUGCCAGUCAGCAUAUGGGCCUUUAUCCGUGAACAAACUGCCGAAUCGGGGUGGGUUCCAAAACUAUUCGAAGGGAGCCUUUGUCAAUGGAUGCGCAAAUUUCAAGCAUUCAGCCCUGACGAAUCAUCAAAAUUCGGAUGGACACAGUGUGGCAGUCAGACACGUAGAAGCCCGCAACAAACCCACGGGAACAAGCCAGGCAGAGCAGACCAUUAAACAGCUCAACAAGUCCGUUUUUCAUAAACUUGAAACUUUGUUUAGAAAUGCCCAUGCAAUUGCUGUCAACUGUCGUCCCUUUUCUGACUACAAUUGGAUGGCAACCCUUGAUGAGAAAAAAGGUAUGGUUUUAGGGGAAACGUACCGAAACGAUAAGGCAUGCAAACAGUUUGUCACAGCCAUCAGUGAUGUAGAGAGAGAGAGAAUUGUUGCCAAGUUGUCCGAAAACAAAUUUCUAACAGUGAUCUCGGAUGGGUCAACGGAUACAGCCAUUCUUGAAAAUGAAGUCGUUUAUUGCCGGACUGCUAGGUUGGGACAGGCAAACACCUACUUCUGUGCAUUCAAGACCCUUGAAAGAGGUGAUGCCAACUGCAUCUACCAGGCAUGCACCACUAGCUUGGUGGAGGCAAUUGGACCUAAUUCACUUGCCAAGCUGGUUGGCUUUGCCGCUGAUGGGGCCAGUGUCAACACUGGUCACGCAAAUGGGGUUAUUGCAAAGUUGCGCGGAAAACACGACAGUUCUAUAAUCAUGGUCAAAUGUCUGGUCCAUCGCUUAGAGCUGGCUUAUAAGGAGGCAUUGAAGGGUGCAGUACAUGAUAAGCUUGUCAGGCUGCUUGCUCACAUCUUCACGCUUUAUCACAAGAGUCCACUUCAGAGAACCAACCUACGAAAGGCCUUCGAUUCGGUUGGAAUUCCUGUCGUCAUGCCAACCCGAAUUGGAGGUACAAGAUGGUUAGGCCACACUUUGCUGUCUUUGGAGAAGCUCUGGAAAGGCUACAAAGCUAUUGUGAUGCAUCUGACUAAUAAUGUCGAAGAUCCAAAUGUUGGUCCAAAAGCCAGGGGAUUGCUGAAGCUUCUGCAGUCUAAGGCGGUGAUACACUAUGGACACUUCCUGCAAGAUGUUCUGCUACCUUUGUCCAAGCUGUCCAAGGUCCUACAGAAUGAUGACUCAAGCAUCUACCUAUCACAUGAACAGUUGGAGUCUGCCAAGAUAUCUCUGACGAAACUCGAGCAAAGACCUGGUUCCUGCCUAAAGAGUGUAACAGAUGAUCAUGAGUCAGAGUUCCAGGGUGAGACACUCACUGGUAGCUUCAGCUAUCCCCACCAGCUGGUAUCCAAGCUCCUAGCUUGUUUGGACAAGCGCUUCAGUGACAUAUCUGCUGAUUUGCUCGUUAGCACCAAGAUAGCUGAUCUCUCGUCCUGGCCCACAGCAGAGUUUGCAGAUGACUUUGGAGACAGUGCUGUUAAUACCCUGACCAAACAUUGGAAAGGUGUACUUGAAUGGCAGGGGGUGGAUGUGGCUAUGAUACCAACAGAGUGGGAUCAACUCAAGCAACUUCUCUAUCAGAAUGAGGAUAUCUAUCAGAUGAGCUGGCAGCUGAUCAACAGGAAGUACAAGGCCAAGGUACCUCACAUCCUCGACCUAGUAGACCUCAUCCUGAGUCUACCUGCUACUUCUGCAGUGUGUGAGAGAGGGUUUUCCAUCAUGAAGAUCAUGAAAACCAGUCUACGCAACAAACUUAAAGCCAGCAGCAUGACACAAAUAAUGCUGAUCAGGAUGCACUCAGCCAGCAUUGAGGAAUUUGACCCUACACCCGCAAUUCAUAAGUGGAAUGCUGGCAGCAGUAGGAGACCACUCUUCAAGGCCAGCAUACCUACGAAACUCCAGACGGCAUUGGAGACUGCAGCAGAGGAGACAGCAGCAGCAGCAGAAGUCGAGCAAGCAGCAGAAUCCGACAGGCCUAGUGAGGAGGAGCGGCACAAGGAUAGCGAUUCCGGCAGUGUCUUGUUAUCAGAUGACAUGAGCAGUGAUGAUGAAUCAGCAGAUGAUUUCGAAAUGGACAUUGAUAAUGAGUCAGACUAAUAAACACAACUUACACAAGGAAGAACAU